GUCACAAUCCCUUUUGAGCAACUGCGUUCCUACCUCUUGGUUACCUUGAGCGACAGGUCUGGCACCACCUACGGUAACGCGAGGUUUGCCAGUCAUUGUCUGUCUGCUGGUUUCGGGUUUGCCUUGGUAGCCAUCGCCCUUCCCAACGCUGUUGCUUUGCGUGGGUACCUUGGCGCUGGGAGACGGGCGCCGCCCCAGGAGAGGUCCCUGAGUGUAAGGUAGCUUUGGGGGACCUCGCCUCAUUACGUCUCGACGACGGCAGCGACAACACCACACCCACGCCACGUCGCGACACUAGGCUAGUCCGGCCCAACCCAAAUCUUGCCUACCUUCCCACGGCGCUACGCUGGGCCCUAGCCGAUAAACACUAGACGAACAACACCACUCCUCCCUGUCCUCGCCUAGUCCUACCUGCCGACGACAGCUACAGCAGCCAUCUGAACAAUCCUAGUCCUCCUCCCGCUGUCGUCGGCGAUAUCCAACCCAACCGCCAGCCGUCCUGGUGCAACCGCGUCAUGACACUGGCCCUCGGCCGCGGCGCUCGACACAAUGGAUGAGCCAAAAGUAACCCUCCCGCCCAGGACGUAUGGCUUCCCCGAAGACGCCUUCGAUCCGUCCAUCCUCCCCGACGCCGACACUCAGUUCCUUCCGCCCAAAGAUAUAGAGGCCUUCGUCCAGGCCCUCUCGGCCCCCGACGUGCCCGCCCCGUCUGCCGACGACCAUUCGCUUCGCAGCCCUAGCCUGCUCAGCUUCAGCAGUAGCUUCGACUUCACCAAGCGCGCGUCGACCGUCAUCGCCGAGCCCGACGACGCCAAGCUCGUGGCCGCACACGCCGCCGCUGCCGCUGGCGAGACUGUGCCGGCACCUGGCCCUGGCGAUGCCGGGGGCGCCAGCAACGGGGGCGCUGCGUUUCCCACACAGCAGCCCAUGUUCAUAACGGCCCAGUCUGACUGGGCGCCCGUCCACGAGAAGGUCGUUGGCUCGGGCCAGCAGCGGCGCAAGGGAAGCUCGUCUCGUCGGCGCCGGCGCUCGCGGGCAGCGCCGCCGGGACGGCGGACCAGGGACGAGACCCGCGAAGGCUACCUGUAUGCCUUGCUGAAAUGGCCGUUUCUGCUCAUAGUGGGAGCAUGGAUCGUGGGGCUGGCUAUCGGCUACAUGGCCACGCGCGCCUACAUCUCGAUAUAUGAGCAGUUCAUCGCGUGGAGGGGCAAGCGCGAGACGCUGCGCCGCAACAUGCGAGCCACCUCGAAAUACCCCGACUGGGUGACGGCUGCCAAGCAGCUCGACUCCUUCCUGGGAAAUGGUGCCUGGAAGGAGCAGAAUGAGUUUGCAUACUACGACAGUAAAACCGUCCGCAGGGUCUGGGAGCAGCUCCGCCGUUGCAGGAUACGAGCAGAGCAAGUCGAGGCUUCUAGUGCCGGAGACACCAAGAACGGUGAAGGCCCGGGAUCGGCAAACUCGGCCAAGUCUGGGGCUGUAGAGGACUUGAAGGUCCUCCUCGAGGCCUGCAUCAAAAACAACUUUGUUGGAGUCGAAAAUCCGCGGCUCUAUAGCCAAACUUACUAUGGCACCAAGAACCUGGUGCAGAACUAUGUAGAUGAAGUCGAGAAAAGCCUGGAGUUUCUCCUCAAGACUCAGCAGAUGAGCUUGGAGGAAAAGAGGAGCAUCUUCAAACGGACAUAUGCAAACUACGGUCGCACGGCUCUGUGCCUCUCGGGCGGUGCCUCGUUCGCAUACUACCACUUUGGCGUUGUCAAGGCGCUUCUGGAGGAGGACCUGCUGCCGGACGUCAUCACGGGCACGAGCGGGGGUGCCCUCGUGGCGGGGCUUGUAGCAACGCGCACCAAUGAAGAGUUGAGGAAGCUGUUGGUACCUUCGUUGGCUGUGCACCUCACAGCCUGCCGCGAGUCUAUGAUGACUUGGAUACGACGAUGGUGGAAAACAGGGGCGCGAUUCGACUCGGUGGACUGGGCCAAGCAGUGCGCGUGGUGGACGCGCGGUUCCAUGACAUUCCGCGAGGCGUAUGAGCGGACAGGGCGGAUCCUGAACGUGUCGUGCGUGCCGGCCGACCCACACUCACCUACCAUCCUGUGCAACUACCUGACCUCCCCGGACUGCGUUAUCUGGUCGGCCGUGCUGGCGUCGGCGGCUGUGCCGGGCAUCCUCAAUCCGGUGGUGCUGAUGAUGAAAAAGGCCGACGGAAGCCUGGCACCGUACUCGUUUGGACACAAGUGGAAGGACGGCAGCCUGCGGACCGAUAUCCCCAUCCGGGCGUUGAACCUGCAGUUCAACGUCAACUUCACCAUUGUCAGCCAGGUCAACCCGCACAUCAACCUCUUCUUUUUCUCGAGCCGCGGCUCCGUCGGGCAGCCGGUUACGCACCGCAGGGGUCGCGGCUGGCGGGGCGGCUUCCUGGGCAGCGCCACGGAGCAAUACAUCAAACUGGACCUUACCAAGUGGCUAAAGGUUCUCCGACAGUUGGAGCUGCUGCCGCGACCGCUCGGUCAAGACUGGUCCCAGCUGUGGCUCCAGCAGUUUGGAGGCACCGUCACCAUAUGGCCCAAGUCGGUCAUCUCAGACUUUUGGCAUAUCCUCUCGGACCCUGACCCGGCGCGCCUGGCCCACAUGCUGCACGAGGGCCAGCAGUCGGCCUUUCCCAAGGUCAAGUUUGUCUCCAACCGACUUCGCAUCGAGCGCCUGCUCGAGAGGGGCCGCAGGGAGACGCGCCCGCACGUGCGUCGUGGAAGUGUCGAGAGCAUCAUCAGCGAUGACGAUCUCAAGGCACUUCUGAGGGCUGACGCGGCCGGUACGUCGUCGGUCAACGCCACCGACGAGGAAACCACCAACGAGGAGUUGGAGUUGGAUGGCGACGAGGAGGCCGUCAUAACAGAAGACGAGGCCGACUAUGCCGACCAAGGCAGCAGCGAGAAGAUGCCCCUGACAUCGCCCGUGGUCGUCGGUGAUGCGGACGCGCGAGCGAAAAGGGACUAGACUCAUGGUUGAAGCAGUCAGGGGGGAAACAUGGCGCGUGGCCGCGCAGUGUACACUGAGACGGUAGAGGAGCAAAGUGUGUUGGUUGGUAUGUUAUGAUAGACUUGGGUAUUAUUCUUUUAAUCGCAUGCUCAGGUUUUGACCAUACUUGACCCAUCAUAUCCCCGACGAAUGGCCCAACGCCGUCUGCUUGCUCAUCAACAAGGAAGACAAAAGAGAACUUUAGGCGCUCUGGUUGGCCUUUUCUGUCUGGCUUGCCGAGUUGGAUUGGCUAUCGUUCGGGGAAGCAGUGUUGUGAUGGGUCCCGAGUGUGCGAUCCCUCAGUGCGAGACCAGGGUGGCCGACACAGAGGCAGAACACGGCAACGACGAUGAUGCUAGGAUUUUGUCCUCUUCGUGUUAGAACUAGCUGUGCCCAAAGAGCCAACCCUAUCGCAACUGCAUCUCUCGAGGGAUGGUGAAGGGGAAAACUCACACUCCCUCAAGCCCAAUGAACAGCGACUCGUUCCGGAUAGACGGGCCCGAGUAGCCCUUGCUCAGCUCCUCAACGCGGUAGGCGCUCCGGCCCAGGAUCAGGGCGGUGGCGACGCCGAGGGCGAAGAGAAAGACCCUCAGGCGGGCGCCCAGUGGGGGGCGGCCCGGCGACCGCAGGUACCGGACCAGGUAGUCGGCCAGGCUGGCGGAGAAGGCCAGCAUGGUGGCGACCUGGAAGGCGAGCCCGGCCAGGCCCAUGUCGACGCCGGCCUGGGACCGGCCGCCCGUUGACGUGGACAGGCCGCCGCCCGUGGCCUGGAGCACCAGGGCGACCACGUCGCAGAAGAGGAAGGUCCAGAUGUAGGACCGGGGCGGGAGGCGGGAGAGGGUCGGGUCGAGGAAGAUUAUGCUGUUGUGGAGUGGGAGGGUGUUAGGAUCCGGGACCUGGUUGUCUAGGAAGUCUAGGUGGGGAGGAGCAGAGGCUUUCGAGGCUUACAGCUUGUACAGCGUCACGUAUAUAGCGGCGCAAAAGAAGACGGGGCCGGAUCCGACGAGUACUUUACGCAUUGUCAGCCAAUGGGGCCAGCGCGUCAUGGGGGGAAAAAAAAAUCCCGACAGAAGCUGGAGCAUAUUUUCGCCCUUACCGAUCUGGACCAUGAAGCCGGCAAAGCUCCACGGGUUGUAGUAGAGCAUGAUGCGGCCGACAUAACCCAGGAUGCAGACGACGCAGCCGGCGCACAUGGCGCCCAUGAGCCACCAGCUGCGCGUGCGCAGGCCCAGGGCCAGGUGGGCGGCGCCGGCGAGGGCGAAGCUCGCGAUGAAGGCGUAGUUGGCCGCCAGCGAAGGGCGGUAGCCGUACACGCUCAUCUCGACCGGGCAGAGCUCGAGCGUGCAGUUGGCGCCGGGGCCGAAGACGACGAACGGGUACCGGGGCGCCGGCGGCAUGCCGCCCCCGGGCACUCCGGGGGCUGUUGGUUGGGUGGACAUGUCCGGGGUGGUGGGAUGUGUAUGUAGUAGUGAUUUCAAGAGAAGGGAGGCAGGGUG